AUGGUUCGCAAUUGCGCAGGGUCGGGCCGAUGUUGGAUACUGUGGAUCGUGUUAGUAGGCUGCCUAGGCCGGUCAGUGUUGGCGCAAAGCAAUGGGACUAUUUUACGCGAAGGUUUCGACCUUCAACGGUGUGGUGUUCCACGGCUCAGCGGGCUUCGCAGCCGCAUCACGGAAGGUGAGCUGGCCAUGGAAGGACAUUGGCCCUGGCACGGCGGGUUGUUUCACCUGGACGAGUACCAGUGUGGCUGCACGCUGAUCAACGAACUGUUCGUGCUCACCGCCAGCCAUUGUGUGUACAACAGUGGCACGGGAUACAAACUGAAUGAGCGCAUUCUGCGAAUCAAGCUGGGCAUGUACCGGCUGUCGGCGAACGACACCGACCGAACGCAGGUGUACACGGUCCGGUCGAUCAUCUCGCACACGAAGUACUUGACGAGCAGCCACAAGCACGACGUCGCGCUGGUGCGACUGAACGACACGGUCCAGUUCACCGACUACAUCCAGCCGGUCUGUCUGGACCUGACGGAGUCGAUCUGGGUCGAGCACUUGGCGGACGUGCUGGGGACGGUGGUCGGCUGGGGCAUCACCGAGAAGAAUCGGGUUUCGGAUCAGCUGGUCAAGGCGGAAAUUCCGAUUAUCCGGUAUACGGACUGCGUCGAACAGGAUCCUUCUACCUACGGACCCCUUAUCUACAGUGGCAUGUACUGUGCCGGCAUUCUGAACGGUACGAGCCCGUGCAACGGUGAUAGUGGUGGUGGAAUGUACAUCUUCCGCGAGAACCGCUGGUUCCUGCGUGGCGUCGUGUCGUUUGCGAGGAUUCGGGCGGGGACGAACUUUUGCGACUCGUUCAGCUAUGUGGUGUUCAUGAACGUGCCGUACUACACCAAGUGGAUCUCGACGGAAGUGGAGGCCGCCCGGGAGAGCCUCCGGUUGGAGGCGACUACUCCGUCACCCAAAACGAACGUCUCCAGCCGUUGGGACUCGGAACUCGCCGAAAACGAUGCCUUGGAAGAAACGUUUUUCCCCGUCGCUAGGAUGGACACGGAAGGUGAAAGUUCCUCACCGUUUCCGAGGCGGACCGCACGCUGUGGACAGAAUGUGACGCUUUCUUGCGUGAGACCUUCGAACAGUAUCUUGUCUUACCGCAGGGAUGUCCGCUGGUAUAAGCGUAUCAAUGGGCGAAGGGAGUUUUUGGCAUCGAAAGCUCUGCUAAGGCUCCAGCCCGUCCGUCCUCAGGAUGCGGGAGAGUACUGGUGUACAACGACGGCGCGAUCGGGUCAACUGCUCGAAAGUGGAAUACUGCUCGAAGUGUCCGAUGUACCGCUGCGUUUUCGGCAGAACGGAGAGUCCAAAUCGUACGCCAGCUACGGUACACCGACGGGGACAGGGUUCUCCAUCACGCAGUUCAGCUUCGAGAUGACCUUUAGGACGACCGAAGCCGAUGGGCUCUUGUUCCACAAACCGGCCCUGCCCGAGCUGGAGAGCUGGAGCUACUCGCUGUCGCUCGAACGGUCGCGACUCACGUUCCGCAUGGUUCCGCCGGGGCAGGGUGAGAAAGUGUUCCGCACCGUUCGAUUGAACCUCGAGCCCGACCGGUGGAUGACGGUGCUGGUCAGCUGCUACGAUGGGCACGGUUUCCUCGCGCUGGACGGCCAGUAUCUGCUGGGCUUCGAGGGUCAUCUGCUGCAGCAUCGGCUCGAUCGGUACUACAUCGCGAACGAUCCCGACCUGCUAGAAGCGGUCAACUCGGGACUGAGCGGGUGCGUGAGCCGGGUGGCGGUGAACGAGCAGGAGCUGCGGCUGCUGGAGGAUGCCAGCGAAAAGGUCGGCGUGGAGCUGUGCGAUGAUUGUCCCACGGGGGGAUGCCGGGAUGCGGACGCCACCGUCUGCCCGGUGGAGCAGAUCUCGUGCAUAAAUUACGCCUGCAGCGAUGGGAGAUGCGACCGUACGGAUGCGUUUUCCCCCGAGAGAACGUGCGAUUUCCGACCGGGCACGUACGCGGACGGGCUGAGGUUUCAGCCGAACAGCUACGCGUCCUACCGGAGCUUCCUAUCGGCGACGCUGACAGUUGAGCUGCAGUUCCGCCUCCGUAGCCUGCAGGACGGGAUCGUACUCCAUACGGCCGAGCACCGGCGCGGGUACGGGAAGUUCAUUACCGUCCUCUUCAAGGCGGGCCGCAUCGAGCUGCGCUUUACAACCGACGCCCAUUUGACCACGACCUUCGUGGAGUCGGAGGUCCCGUUGGCGGUGGGACGUUGGCAUCUGCUGAGGGCGGGCUUCGCGAACGGUUACGUGUAUCUGCAGGUUGACGGUGAACGGAAGGUAGAGCGUAGCGUCGCCGGAAAGCUGGUCUCACCGGAACGGCAGCUGGUCGUUUUUGUCGGUGGAGUUCGCUGGAAGGGCUUCAUCAACCGUCACAGGGACGUAUGGAGGGGUCUAGACGGUUGCAUUAAGGGGCUGAAACUUUCCGGCCUUCCGGUGGAUAUGGUCGACGAUAUGGUGGAAUCGGCCAACGUACAAAGAUGCUGAGGAGGGUGGCAGCAUUGGCAGCAUACCUGGCAGGGCAGGUACACCAUCCCAUUGGCCUCGACCCCACCCAAGCCAUCGCCUGGCAUGGAUCUGCCCACUUUCGAUUACGGCAGCUUCCGAUGGGUCACUGGAAAGCAUGGAUCGCUUUCGCUGUGUCGAUGGACGGAUGAUCAGUUCAAGCUGCAGGAACGAAUACGAUCGACGAUGAUCGAACAGCUGUUCGAAAACCAGUUUUUCAUCGUCACGAAGAUCGCGUUCAUCGGUUAA